CCUAUACUUUUGUGAUCUAAUCCAGCUAGUGUCCGUUUUUUUUUAAGAAAUAUAACAAAUAAUUAAUUUAAUCAAGUGUUUUAGGUGCUUUAAUGUAGUACUCUGUAAGACAAACCUAUUCAAAACAAUAACGAGAUACGACAAAUACUAAAGGUAGUUUUGUUGGAAUUUCCGAUUAACCAGGUGAAAUCUGGGUAAAUAUGCGCGUGCCCGCCACAUGCACGCCGGCGAGAACCAGACAGUUUGGGAACUAGUGUGUAACACCGGCAGCAACACGUAUCGCUCUUGAAUGCCACACAGCCCGUUUAUGCAACUAACAUUAUACAACACCACAGUGUUCCCCAACGAGGAGUCAGACUGACGGAGUCAACGUCAAGGUUAUUAAUCUACGGUCUAUGUAAUCUUGCUGACAUAUUUUAAUUUGAAGAAAUGUUGCUCCAACAUCGCUGCUCGCCUUGGUUUUAAUAUGUAUUAUCUUUCUACCGUUUGUCCAUAUAAAACCACAGUAGCCUACGUAACUUAACCCAAAGAAAGAGUUUCGACUUUAAAUGUCCGUCAUCCAAUGUGAGAAUGCCAGUCGUCAAAGGACGAAUGUGAAUGAUAGGGUAGUCAAGAGUGUGAGGAUGAACAUGACGGAGGAGAUGGUGGAGAGGUUUGUGGAUGCAGCAUCCAGGGGGGAUGUGGCGGCGGUCUCGAGCCUGAUCUCCCGCUGCGCCUCCCUCCUCGACCGGCCCGGAGCCAACGGCUGGAAUGCUCUGAUGCUGGCCGCCCGCAACGGACACUACACCGUAACAGAGACCCUGCUGUCACACGGGGCCGAUCGCUUGGUCGUAAAUCGCUCAUCCCAGACAGCCUAUGACAUCGCCAAGUUCUGGGGUCACACGCACAUUGGCAACCUGUUGGCGGGGAUGGACAACCAAUCCCAACACAUCCUAGCGACCACUGACCCGAGCCAGGAGAUCUACUUCAGCGCCGAGCCUCUGGACCGUCUAAGCGAGAGGAGGAGCGAUGCGACGUGGCAGCAGGACAAACAGAACCAACCCGACUCCGUCUUCCUGCUCUUCUCCGAACUCAGCCCUCUGGUUCACAGUCUGGAGCCCAGCACAGGAUCUGGGGCUCAGACCAGCUUGUCCCGGUUCUCCUCCUCGCUGGUAAAGGAGUUGCUGCUCAAGCCAGGCUCAGUGCUGGUCUUCCUGGGCGUGGAGAGGAGACGUCCCUCCUCCUCCCCUGAGACCUCCAGUGAGCCUCCUGCCUGGUUUGCCAUCAACUCCACAGAGGAUCCAGAGGUUUUGCUUAAGUUGGGUGGGGAGAAGGACCUCUUCUGGGCACGAAGACCCAACAGAGACCUGCUGAACUUCAGCCAGGACGAGGCAGGUAUCUUAGCGCAGGCACGGGCGGUGUUGGCGUGGCACAGUCGCUACGCCUUCUGCCCAACCUGUGGGAGCAGUUCCAGGUCAGAGGAGGCGGGGUACAAGAGGACCUGCACCAAUGCCAGCUGUAGCAGUCUGCAAGGGGUCCACAACACCAGCUACCCUCGCGUCGACCCAGUGGUGAUCAUGCUGGUCCUCCACCCGGAUGGGGAGCAGUGUCUGCUGGGACGCAAAAAGGUCUUCCCCACUGGGAUGUUCUCCUGUCUGGCUGGCUUCAUAGAGCCGGGAGAGAGUGUGGAGAGUGCUGUGCGGAGGGAGGUGGAGGAGGAGAGCGGGGUGAAGGUGGGGUCUGUGCGCUAUGUGGCAUGUCAGCCCUGGCCCGUCCCCUCCUCCCUCAUGAUUGGCUGCCUGGCCGUCGCACUGUCUACGGACAUCAAAGUGGAUGAGAAUGAGAUCGAAGAGGCACGCUGGUUUCCACGGCAAAAGGUGAUUGAUGCCCUCUUCAGGGGAGGUAGUCCCGUCCUCCUCCUCUCUCCUCAACAGACCAUCGCCCACCAGCUCGUCAAACACUGGAUUGGCUGCAACUCCAACCUUUAACACCUCACAUACUACACAUGAACAGCAACAUGCUACAAUCCUAUACAUGCAUACAACCACCAACAUGAAUACAACAGUCAACCUCCAACAUGCUUCAUACAAAGGACAACAUGCAACACCAAAACACAUAACCACUAUGGAAUACCUGAACCCAACAUUGGCCUGGAUUAAGUUUAAUCAAAAGUUUUGAUUGGACACAUUCAUUGCAGAUAUUCCCUUAAAGGGCAGACGGUCCAAGUGGGACCUCAUCAGCUACCAAGCACUUCCAGACUUGAAUAUAACAUUAAAAUGACACAGUUCUUUCCAGAGCAGCCAUUGCUUUUUUUAAAAGUCCAAGGACGUCAGAUAUUUCCAAGUUAUGGCCGAUGUAAUAAAAAUACAAUUUCCUGAAUAAAAUGGUUGCAUGCUGCAAUCACUAACCUGGCUGCCCACUGCUCCUAGCUAGGAUACCUUCAAUGCAGAGGAAGAAUUGAUCAAAUAUGAGUUCAGUUCAUAAUUAUAAGUUCAUUUAAAAUUAUUUAAUUACAAUAUUUAAGAGUAACCUGUCUCUAAAACCAAACCGCAAAUACAGAAUCCCCAGUUUAGCAGAGUUAUUUCAAUUAAUAUGUUUUUUUUUUACCAAAUUGUAAACUGCGCCAGGAGAAGUAUAUAUGAUCCUGGUUCAGUCAGGUGGAAGAUAAUCGUGUCCAGGGUAAAAAAUUGAAUCUUUGCUUUAGAAUGUAUCAAGAAGUGUGGUUGUUCUAUUGUACAUCAGCACCAGCCACUCGGAUACAGGAGCUCCCAAAAGGACUGGUCUCAGUGAAGUUUGAGCUGAGGAUGUAAUCUCCCUCGCAGACCAUCAGAGGAACCCCUGCGCGGUGCAGAACCUCACCUAAACAAAGAUUGAAAACCUCUGAGUUGUGGAACUUGCUGAGCUGUGAGGUCACUUCCUCUUCCUGGGGAAAAAAAUAGCUGCGUAGGAGGGGUCGUUGAAUGAGGGUCUGCAUCCUGUCAGAAAGUGCUUCCUUGGCGACGAGGCUGUUGGCGAUGUAGUCCGGGCUUGGGAAAGAAGGCACUUAUUUUAUACAGCGAGGACAUGGCUAUGACCUGCGCAGCGGCCACGUAUUCCUGGGAGAGGGGUAGCUCUCCUAGAAAAGCUGGAGGGGCGUCGGUACACUCGCUGGCCUCUAGUGCACCUCCAGUGAUCUUGAUGGGAUGUUUGUCCCCCAAAAAAAAGUCUUCGAUAUUCAAGAUGUUCCUCACCAACGCCUGGAUAUAUGAGCAGAACAUAGAAACAUACUGCAUAUGUUGUACUAAUGGUACUUAUAAGGGCCCGACCGAUUCAUCGGCCUGCCGAUUUAAUCGGCCGAUUAUAGCCUUUUUGAAAAUAAUCAACAUCUGCCAAAAAGACGCAGAUUACAACCUUUUCUUUAUUUAUUUUUUAGAAAUGUUAUUGCGCUUAGUAUCCUGCAGAUUGCGCUCCUACUCGCCUUGCUAACUAACAACUUUAGCUGGAGUAAAAAAGAGGAGAUUGAAUUUGACCGUAAAACAUGAAAGCACGCUCGCUCAGGCAGCUGCGCGCUCACCUCACCAAUGUACACAAGACGCGUUGUUUGAGCAUGUUGUGCCCGUUUUUCUUUAGGUCCCAGGCCAUGUUAAUUUGUUAUACGUAGACUCUAACGGUGAGACCAUAAUGCUCAGCACGCACGUGUUAGUCACUGCUCACGAGCGCAGCGCAUUGGGAGUUAGUUAUUAGGGGUCCAAGCCAACAGGUUGGAACCCUAUUGUUUUUGUAAGGUUUUUUUAGGGGUCCAAGCCAACAGGUUGGAUCCCUAUUGUUUUUGUAGUGUUUUUUUUAGGGGUCCAAGCCAACAGGUUGGAUCCCUAUUGUUUUUGUAAGGAUUUUUAGGGGUCCAAGCCAACAGGUUGGAUCCCUAUUGUUUUUGUAAGGAUUAUUAUUAGGGGUCCAAGCCAACAGGUAGGAUCCCUAUUGUUUUUGUAGUGUUUAUUAUUAGGGGUCCAAGCCAACAGGUUGGAUCCCUAUUGUUUUUGUAAGGAUUAUUCCUAUUAUUCUUACCUCCCUAAAAGUGGUACCACAGCCCAAACCGUAAAUGGUGCCGACACGCGAAUUGCAUGACUAGAUCCAGAUCUGUUUGGACUAAGCAGACGACAAAAUCCAGACACGCCGGCCACUAGGUGGCGCUAUACUAACGAAUACGCGUUUGGGGCUAUAACUCCCACACCGAACCUCCCACAGUCAAAAACUUGUACCCACAUAUUCACUGGAGUCUGCUGCAUCUUUUGGCAUAGGCCACGCCCAUUUGCGUCAAUAAAUAUUUUUUUCGCAAAAUCGCGAAAACCGCAAAACAGUUUUUUCCCUACUCCUCCCACAUUUCUUGACCAAUCGACACCAAACUUUGCACACGACAUCUUCCGACGCACACGCAAAGAAUGCAUGGAACACUUUUUUGAUGCGACCUUCGACGACGAAACGGUAGCGUUUUAAAUAUUGGUUUAUUAGCUAAAUUAGACCUGGAAUAACAAAAAUCCAAAAAAAUCCAAAAUUAGACAUCGGAUCGAGUCCAAAUUUUACACACAUGUUGGUGCCAACCUUAAUGUCGUCCGUUAAAAAAUUCGGAAGAUUCCGCCAUUAGGGGGCGCAAAAAACGAGGGAAUUGUAUAUCUUCUACAGAAUUUCGCCUCGAAAACGCUACACUGACUUCUCGCUACUCCUACCACAGUCAAAUCCUUUGUAUCCACAGGUUUAGGGUAGCGUUUUAAACACAUGCUUCGCGUUGUGCCGGCGAAACGCACAUUUCUUGUCGCGUUGUGCCGGCGAAAUGCACACUUCUUGGACCCCUGCAUAACUGCUUGCAGUUCUAGUUUAUUAGGGGUCCAAGCCAACAGGUUGGAUCCCUAUUGUUUUUGUAGUGUUUAUUAUUUUUAGGGGUCCAAGCCAACAGGUUGGAUCCCUAUUGUUUUUGUAGUGUUUAUUAUUUUUAGGGGUCCAAGCCAACAGGUUGGAUCCCUAUUGUUUUUGUAAGGAUUAUUCCUAUUAUUAUUCCAGCACUAAAAGUGUGCCCACAGCCCAAACCGUAAAUGGUGC